UAUUAUGGUAACUGUACGGUUCCUGUGUCAAUUUCUGCCGCAGAAAAUACCUAUAUGGACUUGGUACCAUGUCCCCAGGCGAUUCUGGAGUUGUGUGGUAAUUGAUAAAACCAUCUGUCAGGAAAACACUGGAAAUAGUGAAGACCAAUCUAAAAGCUGGAUAAAAACGAGGAAGAAGAAACAACACAGUCUUCCUCCUAAACCAGCUAAUGACCACCUUCCCUGGGAGGAGCGGCUUGCGGAUGCUGUGACUCCACUUUGGAGACUAAGUUAUGAGAAGCAGCUUCAACUAAAGUUUGAAGAGCAGAAGAGAAUUCUCUUGCAGCUCUCAGCCCGUCUUUCAGGUGAUGCUGACCCCUUGAACCCACAGCCCUGGACCCGGGGCCAGCUCAGCUUCCCACUGCUGCCCACCCUGCCAUCUCCAGUGCUGGGUGGGUACAGAAACAAAUCAACCUUUUCAGUGAACAGAGGGAUCGAUGGUGACCCCAAAACUGUUGGGUUCUAUGUUGGAACUGGCAAAGGCCGGAAUAUUGUCUGUGUUCGUUCUGACCACCUCUUGAAUAUGCCAGAAAAGCACAAAGAAGUAGCCCGGUUCUAUGAGGAAUUUAUCCGUCAGUCUCCGUUGGAACCCUGUAUCUUGUUCCAUGAAGGCGGGCACUGGCGUGAGAUAACGGUGCGCACCAACGCAGUGGGCAGCACCAUGGCGAUUGUGUACUUUCACCCGCAGAACCUAACACAGGAGGAGAUCCAGCCCCAUAAAGAAACCCUGGUGGAAUUCUUCACCCAUGGACCAGGGGCAGCUUGCCAGCUCACAUCGCUGUACUUCCAGGAGAGCUCAAUGACUCGCUGCACUAAUGAACAGUCCCCCUACCAACUACUGUAUGGAGAGCCUUAUAUCUUUGAGGAGCUCCUGGGGCUGAGGUUCCGCAUCUCUGCUGACGCUUUCUUCCAGGUGAACACUUCAGGUGCUGAAGUUCUAUACAGGACUGUUGGUGAGCUGAGCAAGGCUGACAGAAGCAGCAUCUUGAUAGAUGUGUGCUGUGGAACAGGAGCUAUUGGUCUCUCUCUGUCCAAGGGGGUUGAGCAGGUGAUUGGCAUCGAACUGAUUGAACAAGCUGUGCAGGAUGCCGCGCACAAUGCCUCCCUCAAUGGAAUCUCUAAUUGUGACUUCCGCUCGGGGAAGGCAGAAGUAGUUUUGCCCCAGUUACUGCCCUCGCUGGAUUCUGCAGCCCCCCUUUUUGCCAUUGUGAACCCGUCUCGUGCUGGACUCCAUUACAGAGUGACCCGGGCAAUCCGAAACUGCACUUCCAUCCGCAGGCUUAUUUACAUCUCCUGCAAACCAGAUGGGGAAGCAAUGAGGAACUUUGCUGAGCUGUGCUGCCCUCCAGACAGACAGAAGAAGCUUCUUGGUGAUCCCUUUGUCCCAGCUGUAGCCAUACCUGUUGACAUGUUCCCACACACUGCACACUGCGAAUUGGUUUUGGUCUUUGAAAGAUAGGAAGGGAAAGGGAUACUCUGCACAAUCUAGAGUCACAGAAUUAUAUCUUCUCAUUUGUGUUCUGUAUAGCUCUCUAUUCCUGUUUCUGCUUAUGUAUUUACUAGCCUGGUUGUCUCUUUUCAAUCACAGACAACAAUCAUAAAGCUGAAGUUAGUUAAAAAAUGACCACUAUGAAAUGUGCAGCUCCACAUUAAAUCAGAAAUUAAAAUUUAAGGAUUUUCUUUCCUGGCUGAAACAAAUUUGUAAGCAUAAUGAUAUAAGCACAAACAACAAUAGAGAAUUUUAUGACAACAUAACCCAGCCACCAAAACUCUAGUCUCAAACUGUUCAGUUCAUUAAAUUGAUCAUAGAUGUGUUUGAACCCUGUUUUUAAUGAACCUUCUAGUGUUUUGAACAGCUAACCAAACAACAGUGUGCAGACUACUAGACUCAUGGCUUACCUUACUAGGUUAACCAAAACAAACCUGUAUAUGUCAACAUGCCACACAAUAGUUAAACAUUAAGAAAAAAAUGCCUGCAGUAUUUGGAUGAGUAAUGGUGUAGGAUAAACAUACAAAAUACACAGUCUUAUUUGUGACAAAGUGGCUGUCAUUAGUUAUGAUAUUGUGGGCUUUAUUCACAAGCUUGUCAGUUAUUUAAAGCAUAUUUCUUCAAAGUCUGUUUUAAUUAAUAAAACUGUUCUUGACUUACGUUGACUUGGCGUAUUACUGAAAUACAGCCACAUUAGUCAGCUGCUGCUAUCUGGUGAUGGAUCAUGGGUUUACAUAUUUAGGCAAUGCAGUUGGACGACUGCAUGUUGCACUUCAAUUGCAUCAAGAUACAUGCACUUAUUGGUAAGCUUUAUACAUAAAAGGGCUGUGCAACAGUAAAAAAUGUAUGCAAGUACUUUAGUAUAUGUUAUAUCCAGGUCUUCCGGCAAGGGUUUAGCAUGCUAACAAGCUUGAUCCAAUAAACCUGUUAGCUAAAUGUUGGUACUAUUAUUAUAAUUAUAAUUAUUGCAUUAUUGUUAUUUAUAUAUUUUGUUAUUUUUUAUUAUUACUAACAUAUGUAGGAAAAGGAUUGCACUGAUGCAGAUGUCCCAUAAGAGAGUCCUCUUCUAAACCAAUAAAACACUUGUACUGGUAA